GUGGGCGCGGAUCACGUGACGGGCGGGCUGCCGCCAUUUUGUCCUGCGGAGGCAGUAUUUAGGGCGCAGCGCCUGGGCUGCCGCGCACUGCUGCCGGGACGGAGCUCGCCGCCGCCGCCCGCCCUCCCUCUCCCGCCCGAGGCCGGCCUCUUCCCUCCCGUUGCCCGCAGCCGGCCUCCACCCCGUCUCCCUCAUUCCCUCCCCGCGCCUUCCUCGCCUCCGCCAUUUUGUGACCGAGCGCUGCCUCCGGAGGACCGGCGCCGCGGCGGAGCCUCCCGCCUCCCCUCCCCGCCCUCUCUCGCUCCCGCUCCCAGCGGCGCUUCGCCCCGGCCCGCGCAGCCAUGUCCUCCAGCACCAGCCCCGAGUACGCCUCCUUCUUCGCCGUGAUGGGCGCCUCGGCUGCCAUGGUCUUCAGCGCCUUGGGAGCUGCAUAUGGAACGGCAAAGAGUGGCACGGGUAUUGCAGCCAUGUCUGUCAUGAGGCCUGAGCUCAUCAUGAAGUCAAUCAUCCCUGUUGUCAUGGCUGGUAUUAUAGCUAUCUAUGGCCUUGUAGUGGCAGUCCUCAUUGCCAAUGCCCUCUCACCUUCUAUCACGCUAUUCAAGAGCUUUCUUCAGCUGGGUGCUGGCUUGAGUGUGGGCCUCAGUGGUCUGGCUGCUGGCUUUGCCAUUGGCAUCGUGGGUGAUGCAGGUGUACGGGGAACAGCACAGCAGCCCAGGUUAUUUGUGGGCAUGAUCCUGAUUUUGAUCUUCGCUGAAGUCUUGGGUCUCUAUGGCCUCAUCGUUGCCCUUAUCCUCUCCACAAAGUAAACGUUGUGGUAUGAUGUAAAGAGAUGUAACAAAUCCAUGUUUAAAAAAAAAGCUCCAGAAUGAAAAUGGUCUCUCCAAUGUGUACAGUUGUCCCAAUUUGGUAGUUGAUCUCUUGUAAAUGCGCAACGUAUGUUAGUGACUUGUCUGUCCUGUGUGUACUUCAAUAUUAAAUUGGAUGGGCUGCUCCAAGCCUGCUGUGUGGCUUGGGGUGGCCUGUGUGCAAUUUUCCACCCAUUGCUGUUAGUACUUUAUGUAUAAAUAUGAACUAGAAAUGUAAUUUUUUCUCUUCACUGGAUGUUUAUUUAUAAAAGACUUGACAUGUUCAUACAUCUAUGGAGCAAGAAUUUUCAAUUUCCCAUGCUAUAUAUAUUAAUCUUAUAUAUAGGUAGAUUACACUGUGGGGUCAAUUGUAAGUGCAGAGAAUUCCUUGGAUGUAACUUUGAUUCUAAAGAUUGCUGUAGUGUCCUGGUAUUGGAGUAUGAGAAUUUCGUGUUUUAUUACAGCAAUUGUCCGAAACACUCCUGUGUUUCAGUAGUAACUGCGUAUGCUCCGGCAUCAGAGUCCUGCACCCAGUGUUGGGUUACAAACUUAUACCAUGUUUCCAAAUAAAACUUCCUCACUACAUUGC